AUGGCCGUUUCGAGUCUUUUCGCAGCUACUAUACUGCGAAGUAGCUACGGAGCAUUGCAGAGGACAAUCCAGGACACGGUUCAACAGAGUAUCUUGCCGCUCCAGCAGCAGAUGCAGAUCGACAUGGCCCGUUUGGCAAUGGCCAACAGGCAGAAGAGAAGAAACCCCCAUUUCGCCAAAUUUUGUAAAAGAUUGUAUGAACAAAAAUGGUCUCCAAACAUCGUUCCCCGUCGAAUUUCGAAACUUUAA